ACUCAAGCUCCCUUUCUUCUCGUAAGCGGUUUCUCUUACCCUGGUGCAGAUUACAUUUCUAAUGUAGGGUUUUCUUGGUUUUGCCUACGGGUUGCGGAGAUCUGGGGGGCUGGGAGGGUAGCUGAUGCUUCUCUGUUUGCGUCACCAGGAUGAGAAUGUAACCAUUAUUGUUGCUAGUCCAUUGCAUAUUUCAGUUUCUCAUAAUGACUCCAACUCUGGAAGUUAAGACUAAGCCUGCUGACUCGAAACUUUCUCAUCCACCUCUCAAUGAAAGAAUACUUUCAUCAAUGACUAGAAGAUUUAUUGCUGCGCAUCCUUGGCAUGAUCUUGAAAUUGGUCCGGGUGCCCCUACAGUUUUCAACUGUGUGGUGGAAAUAGGAAAGGGAAGCAAAGUGAAAUAUGAAUUAGACAAGAAAACUGGGCUGAUAAAGGUGGACCGUGUGCUUUAUUCUUCGGUGGUGUAUCCUCACAAUUAUGGGUUCAUCCCACGCACUCUUUGUGAAGAUAGUGAUCCUAUGGAUGUCUUGGUCAUCAUGCAGGAACCAGUACUCCCAGGGUGUUUUCUUCGAGCUAAGGCAAUAGGUCUGAUGCCCAUGAUCGAUCAGGGUGAGAAAGAUGACAAGAUUAUUGCUGUCUGUGCUGAUGAUCCUGAGUAUAAACAUUACAAUGAUAUCAAGGAGCUUCCACCUCAUCGUUUAGCUGAGAUUAGACGUUUCUUCGAAGAUUAUAAGAAAAACGAAAACAAGGAAGUAGCUGUGAAUGACUUCCUAGAUGCGUCUGCAGCGAGCAAGGCAAUACAACGUUCCAUGGAUCUCUAUGCUACAUACAUUGUGGAAAGCCUGAGGAGGUAAGGCUCAUCCUGAUGAAUACUGAUACUGAGUAAUUGUUCAUUUUAGCCGAACUACACAACAUAUCUUGCUGCUGCUGCUUUUACAUGGUGAUCAUAUUUUAUAUGUAUAAGCAUACAGUUCGUUUAGGUGUUGAAUGGUUUUCUUAAGAGUAAGCAGUCUUCCUUAAAUGAAUAUUAUAUUUGUUGUCGUACGGUUGUAUGAACGGUAUUUACUAGAUUUCAAGCAUAUUGAAUUGCUCUUCGAUUCA